GCUUCCCUCCACAGGGCGCCCGCCGCGGCUUAGGCCUGAGCUAGCGCUGACGGUGGGCGGGCGCGUGCAGCUGCUGUCUGAGCGCCGGCGGGGCUGGUGGGUCCCGCACCCUUGCUGCCCCUCCCCGCCCGCGCCUUCGGACAUGGUGGCCCCCGGUUCUGUGACCAGCCGGCUGGGCUCGGUGUUCCCCUUCCUGCUGGUCCUGGUGGACCUGCAGUACGAAGGUGCUGAAUGUGGGGUAAAUGCAGAUGUUGAGAAACAUCUUGAAUUGGGCAAGAAAUUACUUGCGGCUGGACAGCUAGCUGAUGCUUUAUCUCAGUUUCAUGCUGCAGUAGAUGCUGACCCCUAUAAUUAUAUUGCUUACUAUCGGAGAGCUACUGUCUUUUUAGCUAUGGGCAAAUCAAAAGCAGCACUUCCUGAUUUAACUAAAGUGAUUGAAUUGAAGAUGGAUUUCACUGCAGCAAGAUUACAGAGAGGUCACUUACUACUCAAACAAGGAAAACUUGAUGAAGCAGAAGAUGAUUUUAAAAAAGUGCUUAAAUCUAAUCCUAGUGAAAAUGAAGAAAAGGAAGCUCAGUCUCAACUUAUAAAAUCUGAUGAAAUGCAGCGUUUGCGUUCGCAAGCACUUGAUGCUUUUGAGAGCUCGGAUUAUACUGCUUCUAUAACCUUCCUUGAUAAGAUUUUAGAGGUUUGUGUUUGGGAUGCAGAACUACGGGAACUUCGAGCUGAAUGUUUUAUAAAAGAAGGGGAGCCUAGGAAAGCAAUAAGUGACUUAAAAGCUGCAUCAAAAUUGAAGAAUGACAAUACUGAGGCUUUUUAUAAAAUCAGUACACUGUACUAUCAACUAGGAGACCAUGAACUGUCCCUCAGUGAAGUUCGUGAAUGUCUUAAACUUGACCAGGAUCAUAAAAGGUGUUUUGUACACUAUAAACAAGUAAAGAAACUUAACAAGCUGAUUGAGUCAGCUGAAGCGCUCAUCAGAGAUGGCAGAUACACAGAUGCAACCAGCAAAUAUGAGUCUGUUAUGGAAACAGAGCCAAGAGUUUCUGAAUAUACAAUUCGUUCAAAAGAAAGGAUUUGCCACUGCUUUUCUAAGGAUGAGAAGCCUGUUGAAGCUAUUCGAGUGUGUUCUGAAGUUUUACAGGUGGAACCUGACAAUGUGAAUGCUCUGAAAGAUCGAGCAGAGGCCUAUCUAAUAGAAGAAAUGUAUGAUGAAGCUAUUCAGGAUUAUGAAACUGCUCAAGAACACAAUGAAAAUGAUCAGCAGAUUCGGGAAGGUCUAGAGAAAGCACAAAGACUAUUGAAACAGUCGCAGAAACGGGAUUAUUAUAAAAUCUUGGGAGUAAAAAGAAAUGCCAAAAAGCAAGAAAUCAUUAAAGCAUACCGAAAACUGGCACUGCAAUGGCACCCAGACAACUUCCAGAAUGAAGAAGAAAAGAAAAAAGCUGAGAAAAAGUUUAUUGACAUAGCAGCUGCUAAAGAAGUCCUCUCUGACCCAGAGAUGAGGAAGAAGUUUGAUGACGGAGAAGACCCCCUGGACGCCGAGAGCCAGCAAGGAGGCGGCGGCAGCCCUUUCCACAGGAGCUGGAACUCGUGGCAGGGGUUCAACCCCUUCAGCUCAGGCGGACCUUUUAGAUUUAAAUUCCACUUCAAUUAAACCAGCUGUUUUUCUGCUCUUCUUCCUUAAUAUUUUUAAAGAUUAAAAACAAAGAAACCUUUUUCCAGGAUCCUAAUGAAAAAAAAAUUCAAAUAUUUCAGUUUGUCCAUGACCAAAGAGUUGUUUUAAUAAGAAAAAUCCAUUCUUAUCCAUUUUAGAUUUGAGGUUGAUGGGUCGGCGGGGACAGGAGAUGGCAGGGAAUGUGCUGUUUCUGACAGACCAGCUGCGUCUGUGUUCGAAGUGUCUGGGAGAAGUGCGCUGAGGCAGGCUCACCUGCGAAGUUUUUCUACACUGAAGCCUGUAGAAAUUACUCUUUUCUUCACGAGAAUGGGUGUGUUUCAGUAUUCUUAAAGAGAAUAUGAUUUUGAGCUGUAUGUUCUUAGGGACAACUUUGCUUAGAUUUUGGUCAGGCCAGUCGCUUGCAAAUAUCUAUUAAAUGACAGAUCUUCCUUUAAUCCAUAUGCAUCUCCAACUCUCAGCAUGAAUAUGGCUACCACUGAAGAAGGGAUAGAGCCCAUCUUUUAGAAAACCUGCUACCAACUGGUAGUUGAUGUUAAGCAUAUAUUCUGUUUUGUUCAGUACCUGCAAGAGAAUACUGAAAACCACUGAAAUAGAAUUAAUUGAAAAAACCUAUGGGCCUUUUUAUUCAAUAUGAAACAAAUAUAAGUAAAAUAGGUUCAGAUAAUAUAGCAGUGGUACUAUUACGAUACUACUGCUGAAGUGCACAAUGAGGUACUUUAACAACUGAGUUGUUUGUUAGACUCUCCUGUAAUAGGACUGGCAUAGAAAUGUGAAGGUACUCAGUGAAUACAAAUAAUGCCAUGUUUCCCACUUUUAAUAAAUACAGUGAGGGAGCUUCUUUUAUGUCUGGUUACCCUCUUGGACUGAAAUGACUCCCACAUGAGACCUGUUUAAGGUGGACGUUAAUUAGCAGACCUGCCCCUUUGCCAGAACUUGAUGCCUCUAGACUUAGGCCUGCAUAGGAAAUAAUACAAGUUUACAAAUCUUCCCAGGUGUGGCUGUAUUUUCACUAUCAAGAUGGCAUCUCUCCUAGCGAUACGUUGUUCUUAACUUUUAAGAAAUGAACUAUUCAAUUUUUGUAUACUAAUUUCCCCCCCAAAAGUGUUACCUUAAUCAAGAACAUUAAAUAUUUAUGGAACUAUUGAUGCUACAUUUAAAAUCUUGAGAAUUACUUUAGAUAAGAAUUGCUGCCUUUAUUCUGGAAAGGUUUUUGUUUUCGCCUCAGAGCAUUUUGAAGCAUUUUAAGCAGCAUAGGUCUAAUACAUUAUUCUUAGGAAAUCAAGUGUUUUAAUUUUAGUUGUGGGAGGCAUCCUGACCACGAAUGUCCACAACAGCGAAGCACAGAUCAUUUUCUUCUACAGCAGUCCUGAGACAUGUGGAGGAAAUGUUUUUAAGAGACAAAAGUCACAUAGGUGAGUUGAGCAAAUCACAUAAGUGCUUUUUGCAUCUAUUUAGAAGUGUUUCUCACCAAUAAACUUAACGCCUUUUGAAAACUAGUGAGCACCUUGCAGCUUUCAUUUUGUUUUAGUGUCUCAAAAUUCAAGCCAGUGUGAAAAUGAUUUCCAAGGGAAAUUCACUUUUAUUCUUUAAUCUUAGUAUAAUCUCAUUACCUCAUUAGUUAUGUCAGCAAUGUUUUUCAAUGUUUUUUUUUUCAUAUGUCACUAACUUCUUUGAAAUCAAUGGCCUCUCCUACUUUCAAAAGCAAUUUUCACACACAGUCAGAACAAAGGAGGUAUCAAGUCACUUGCCCUUACAUUCAGAGAAGAGGAUGAGAAAUGACAAGAAGCCAGAGGGAGUCAGGAUGGUUGAGGGCUGCGCCACAUGGGAGAUGCGUCCUGGGUACUUGUUAACCUUGCUGCCUGCCUACCUGCUGCCCGGAGGGUUGUUUGCGCUACUUUUUGUCCACUUGUAAUCACCGUAAUUCCUGUUCUUAAAGGCCUACCGUGGAUUUAACUUAGUCACUGUAACUGAAAUGUGGAGAAUUGCUUGUUUUCAGUGAAGAGAAGGGAAGCUAUGGUGCCAAGUGCCAACACCGCUGAGAAAAAGGAAUUCUCUGGAACCUGUUGUUUUGCUGAUUAAUGAAGAAAAUAUUGACCGGCAUCAGCUGUCUUCUGGUAUCCACAUGAAUGGAAAGGCAGUCACUCUAUGCUUUCCCAGAACAGUGAUUGAGAAAAACCCUCGGUGUGUGAAUGGAUGAAUGGUUGUUCCUUAUGUAGUGGAAAGCAUAUAACUGAGAAAGCAUCUGACUUAUUUCUGGGCUGCUUCCACUCAGCACUCUCCAGUCUGUUUGGGGGUACUGCAGGCACCCAGUAAUCUUUGCGUCUUUUUCUGGAAAGGUAAAAUCAGAGGGUACCCAGUCCUAGCUGCAGUAUGUUCCCUUCUUCAGCUCCUCCCUUCCUCUGGUGAGCUCCAGAAGUGAAAUACUGCUGGGCUGUGCAUUGUGGAUAUUUUCUACAGCAGCAAGUAUUAAACACAUCAGCCUAUAAAUGUGAAGAAGUUCUAAAAAGAGAGAAUACAUCAAUCUGUUGCUCACUUCUGAAAGUUUGUGCUUUCUUACCAUGGGUAAAUGAAAACUUGAAACAACUUCAAUAGUUUACUAAUGUGAAUUGGAUAUAACAAUGUCAAUUUUACGAUAUCUUUAUCUUUAGUCAGUAUUAAAAAUUUAUUUAAAUAUCAGUAUGAAAACAAAUUUUGGGGACUCUCAUUAUGUAUGGAAUAUAAAACUUGUUUUUGUAAGCGAAAAAUACUGAUAACAGGAAAAAAAGGUAAUAGAAUCACCAUUUGAAAUUGGCAACAUUUUCUAUUCAUGGUAGAAAAUGAGACAUUUGACCUUUAAAGGCAGGAAAUAGGUCAGAAAUUGUAUGUGACAUUUACCAUGAAAAAAAAAUGCACGAGAUGCUUAGGUUAAAAAUAGUUCCUCAGUCAGUUUUGUGGCAGAGCCGACUGCCUUAAGGGCAAAGGGCACUGGCGAUGCGCCCUGCAGGAAGCUUUCACUGAGCACACAUCAGCGAUGUGACCUAGAGGAAUUCACGCACAUUUGCUGAAAGUAGUUGACUUUUCCGUAUUUCCAAAGGAAGGCAGAUGCUAAUUUGGUAGCAAAUCAUAUUUUUCUUUAUUCUAAACCAGAUCAUUCCUUUUUGUUCAUAGCAGAGUUUGUUCUGUAAAUUGCAAAUGAUGUUAAUAUGUGGGGAUGAUUUUUUUUUUAAUGGGUGAUCUCAUUUGCUGAAUGAUUCAAGAGUAAAAUUAGCCACUGCGUGGCUCUGUGUAUAGUAACAGGUUUUGUUGCACUUGUCUGUGUCAAACCUCUUGCCUGCAGUGGAAAGCAGAGUGCGGAGGAGGUAAAAAAUUGGAGAUGUUUGAGAAGUUAAAUUAUUACUCCUGCUGUAAAACUAGAGUUGGUUUUGAAUGAGACAAGACUAAGUAAGUUAAUCCAUCUCAAUUUAGUGUUUUAAUUAAAAAAGAAACAGAUAAUUAACUGAAAUGGGUCUCAGAUAUGUUCUACAAAUAUGGGUACUAUUUUUAUGCCCUUGUAUUUUCACAUUUAAUAAAAAUAUUUAUGGU